AUGUCCGAGCUUCUUAGUAAAGGAAAAGGAUUGUUGGGUUUGUCAAAGAAUAAAGAGCGGAAAGCUCGGCAGUAUGAAUAUGGUAGUGACCCCGUUUCAGGACUUCGUAAUAAUAAGGGAACAUACUCUGGUCAGUCGAAAAGAAGACGAAAAGAUACGAAUUCUAUCCUUGAAACCUCAGCUCAUCAUGAACGUGAUGACCUUUCAGAGAAUGCGAGCGCAAGUUAUGGACAUGAAAAUGCGGAUCAAACUACGUGCGCGUCCGGUACAGUAGGAGGAGAAAUGAAAGAAUUCCUGUUGGAGACACAGGAGCUUUUGCAGAGGUUGCAAGAAAGCAACCCACCAAAGAGACAAAAUUGGGCAGAAAGGCAGACACUCUUGACUGAAAGCUGGGAAGAGCAACGGUCAACAAUAUUUAAAGAAUUACUGGAAGCCACUUAUGCUGUUCCUGAAAAUAUCAUGUGCAGCAGAUGCUUAGAUAAAGCUGCAGUUGUGAGAUGUGACAUGUGUUCCACCAUACGACACUUGUGCCCUGAAUGUGACCAGCAAGUUCAUGAAAGCUGGCCAUUUCAUGACAGGGAUGCCAUAGUUAAUGGACACUAUUUCCCAAUCCCUGCAACAACAACACGGAACAGUAAUGGACAGUGGGAAAUAGUUGGUAAUCUUUCAGUUGUUUACACGAGAAGUCUACCUCUUAGAGACCUUUGCUGUACUACAUGUGGCGGAAACUGUGAACCAGACUGUAUUCUACCUAAUACUCACUGCAUUGUUGUCUCCCUUCGAGGUCGGUUUGAUGUAAACCAUAGAAGAUAUAAGUGCCUCCAGUGUGGGAAAAUGCUUUGCACCUCAGAACCAGUUGUCAUCAUCCAGUCUGGCUUUUGGCCAGGGAGUAUCAAAGAUAUGAGGUAUGUCUUUGAUAAGGAGCUUUUCUUAUUCUGGGACAUUCUUCAGAAGCAGCUCCCAGGAGUGUCUGAAGGUGCAUUUCUCAAGUCACUUGAGCUCUUUUCAAAGCGGAAAGGACGUGUUGCAACUGUUAAUGCCACAGCUUUCAGAGUGUCAUUUAAGGAGUGGAAAUAUUGUCAAUUCGAACUCGAUAAAUUGCGGUGCAUUGACUGGAUGGAGUGCCCAUCAUGUAGCCAACAUCAGCACUCUGUUCAUGUUGAUGGGAACAUGAAACUUUACCGUUUUAAAUCUGCAGGGAUAAGGAAAAGAGAGUGUUACUAUGGAGAAACCUUUGUGGUCUCAAAUGAGAAAGUUGAUAGUCACAUUCAUAAGGUCUAUCAAGGUUCAAAGCAAAGGAAAUCAGAUGAGCAGGGAAAGUGUGGAGACUCAAACUGGCGAGCAGCAGGAAAUACAGUUAAAAAAAGAAAGAAUCUGGAUGAGUGUGGUCUGGAGAUUUCUGGAUGUAGGCAUGGCUUGGCGCAACAUGCCAUCAACAUGAUGUAUGGGGAAGUUUAUGGAUAUGCCCAUUAUCUCCAGGUGAACUACUACAUUCCCAAGAAUGUGGAGUUCUUCUGGUAUGAUGUCAUCUGCAAGUACUGGCCAUGGUUAAAAAAGAAUGAUCCAGAAACUUCCAAGAAAAUGAGUCCGGCAUUGUCAGUUAUGCAUGCAAAAGCUCAUGAUUGGUCUUGUCAGGUCUUGUGGGGUGGUCGUUGGCAGAGUGGGGCAGCUGCAACUACUGGGGAGGAGGUUGAGCACAUCAAUAGCCAUUUCUCAAGAUUAGGCUCUUCCACAAAGCAUAUGCUUCCUGAAGGUAGGGAGGAACUGCUCACUGAACAUUCUUUUCAUUGGAACAGACGGAAAAUUGAGAGACUUCCUGGCUCACUUGCAAAACGAUACGCAACGGCAGAGAAUCAGCUCAAGCAGGUGAACAAAGAGAUAGAAGAGCUGUUGAAAAAUCCUCAAAUGAAUCAAACAGAUGUGUGCCUAGAAAGUUGGAAAUCCGAUGUUUUUCAGGCCGCAAAAGAGGACGAAGCUUCCUACCUUAAAAAGCCUCAACUAUCUGACGAGGAGGAGCUAUAUCUAUGUCAUUUGCUGACAUUGCAAAACUGCACCCCCAGACAAAAGUUGCUUCUUGAAACUGCCGAUCACCUCUUUGGGAAGAAGUUCCGAGAGCUUGAAGCUAAACCUUGUGACAAUGUCAGUGCUGGUGAGGUCGUGUUAAUUGAAAAGGGGGCUGCGUAUUUCCAGAAGCAAAUGGAGCAUUUCCACCUCUCAAUUACUCAGUUGGCAUUUAAUAUGGGAAAGCUGGCAGAUGGAUCAAAGCAACGUCAAAGGCUACGUACAAAAAUAUCGGCAGAGAAGAUAAAGCUGGAGCAAGUAAUUGCUAAGUACAAUCGACUUUCAGCCACUGACUCUGUCCAACUGCACGAGAUAGAGAAUGGCAAAUUUCCUUGGAAAGCCGACAUAGGUACACCGUUUUUCACAGGUGUACCUAUCCGUACCAAACGGUUGGUUGUAGACAAACAGAUGGAAGCAUCCAGGUUUCACGAGGAAAUAGAACUUCUCCAAAAGGAAAUGAUACGAUUCAUGAAGUUCUACAAGAACAGUCUUUUACCAUACUUGUUCAAAGAACAGGAGCAACUGCAGGAAUUGUUAAAAGUAUGUAUGAAAGAUGGCAAUGAAGGAGUGGGUAUUGAACUGGAAAGAUCUUCGGAGGAGAUUUCGAGUCGUCGGUACGCCACCGCAUCAACCAAGAAGCAGGUGAUAAUGGCAAAACUUGCCCUAAUCAAGGAGGGUAUGAAUUUCGCUACGAAACAAAUCGCCGCUGGGAUAAGUGCGUUUGCUCCUGUGUUAACUGAAGAGCUACAUGUCUUUCGUAACUUUCUCCUUACGCACGAAGUAGAAGAGGAGGAAGACGCUGACGACGAAGAAAGCUUGAACGGUGAUGGAGAUGGAGAUGAAAAUGACAACAUCAUUGAGUUUCUCGGUGGUAAUGCCAAGGUUCUAGCUCCGGGUGUGUCUUGCUGGAAAUUCCCAAAAGAAAUAAGUCAAGGUUUCUACAAAGGCAGAAACGGAAGUAAUGCCUGUAGCCUAAUUAGUAUCCUUUUAGGAUAUGCUCUAAGUUUCCAAAAAGUUCCGCCCCCGGAGUGCCAAUCAUGUAUUGCAAGUGCCAUCGUAGAGGUAGUGUGUGGUUGUAUCGAAAUUGGCAACCGAGUUUACAAUUUCUGUCGGGAGAGUUUACCUUCAAGAUACCUCUCAAUCCAAGAGGCUGCUAGUGUGCUAGAGAUGUGGUGCACGAUGGAUGUUGGUGACAAUUUACCUGUGCGUUUAAAAGACCACCACGUGAUGUCUACUGUCUCUGGUCAGUUAAAGGAGGCCAUUUCGUCGUGCAAUGCGUUCACAGCGUUUCUUAUUCUUAAUGACAAAACUUCUUUGUUUUAUUUCACCGAUAGUAUCGUAAUGUAUAUUGACACUCACUGCCAUGGCCCAAGUGGUGCCGUGGUACUCACAGCCGAGGAAAAGGAACUUGACUCGUUCUGUACCAAUGUAUGGGAACUAGAAAGCAACGACGAGACUACUUACGGAAACUUGAUAUUUGUUGAUUUUUGAGACUGUAUUUGAGAAAGGAUAGAGGAGCUCCAGCAGUACAAAGUGCCGCGGAAGGAAGCAGAGGACCAUGUAGAUAAGGAUAGCACUGGGGAACUUAAGCGUAUCAGUUUUUUUUCCAUGUGUGGCCAGUGGUAACAUCACUGAACUCAAAUUGAAAUCUCUUUUGUUACCAAACGACAUUCUUAGGUACUUAAAGCAUAAUUUUAAACAUGGAUUCUUACCAUAUCCUUCGAACAGUUUUUUUUCUAUAAGUCAUACUCAAAAUAAAAACAAUGUACCUUGGUGAAUUAAAUUUAUCUUGCUAUGUAUCCUCUGCGAAAAUGUAAAGACUAAAGCAAGCGUAACUGGGCUUGUGUUCGUCAGUUGUCUGCGAGAAGAAUCUAGCUUUCUAUCUUUAGCAAAUAUUAAA